GCGCGCCCUGCCUGCAACGCUGCCGCGGCACUCGACAGGCCCAGCUUCAUCACUUCUCAGUAUUUCCCAGUCUGCGUACAUCCCAGAUACGGCGACGAAGCCACAGCCAUCCACAGAUGGAGUACUCCCCCGCGAGGAUCUAACCACCAGCGUCGGCGUCUCGACACCUGCGCCGCCAGCUUGUUUGGCGCACGCGAGCAAAUCGACCGUUUCCAAUUCUUCUGAGCGCAAACCAUGGCCGCCGCCUACGUGACCGUGACGCCUGCUCUGGCCGAGCUAAUAAGCUCGCUACCACAGGAUGAAGUUCCGAUUAAGCUUCGCUGCGCUAUCUGCAGCAAACUGGCUGUCAACGCCUUCAGAACACCAUGUUGCGAGCAGAUGAUUUGCGAGAACUGCAAAACGGCCCUGCGAUCAACAUGUCCCGUCUGCGAACAUUCCCCAAUGUCGGCCGACGACUGCAAGCCUAACAAGGCUCUCCGCAUGACCACCAAGGCUUUCUUGAAGACUGCCGAGAAGAAGCGAGAUACCUCUCAGGCCAAGGAAUCGACGCCAUUGACGCCCGUUGACGCGAGACCUACCCCGACACUGGCCGUACCCGACGACAAGCCAUCCGUCGAAGAAGCCAGCGCAGAGACAGCGCCUGCAGAUCUCACCCAGGAGACACAACAUGAAGGGGAACAAUCUCAGGCAGAUGGCUCUCCCGACAAGCAGCAAACCGCUCUCGACACCGUGGGGCCCAACACGGAGCACACCCAUGCUGCAGAAGUUGAGAAUGAGCCGUCGGGCGAACAGGUGUCAGGGGAGGGUGGAAACCCGGAAGACAACCAAGCGGAAGAGCAAAACGAAUCGAAUGAGGACAAGGGAGACGAAGAGGCUGCUUCAGGAGAAGCAGACGGUGAUGAGAAUAAUCAAGACAACAGCCAACAGAAUCCAUCUUUCCCCAAUGGCCUCGGCUUUGGUGGUAACAUGAACGGAUCUUUCCCCAACAUGAACUUCGGUGGUGACUUCAACCAAAUGCAGAUGAUGAUGGCCAUGCAGAAUGGGAUGGCGCCCAACUUUGGCGCGUUUCCCAUGAUGGGAAUGCCAGGAAUGAACAUGGACCCUUCGAUGAUGAACAUGUACCAGAUGAGCAAUGGCUUCGGACCAGGCAUGGACAUGAGCAUGAUGAACGGCGGCAUGGGAGGUUUCAAUGGUAACAUGGGCGCCGAUGGUAACUGGAACGGACCGCAGUCGUGGAAUAACGGCCAGAAUAAUUACAAUCAUCCAAAUGCUUCGGGCAUGGGUAACGGUGAUUAUGGAGACUUUAACUCUGCCUACCAAGCAGGCUACAAUCAAGGUAAUUUUGGCCCUCACAACCAAUUCAAUGCCUAUCGCGGGAGGGGCUUCUAUCGAGGCGGCCGAGGAUUCCGUGGCCGCGGCAACUUCAAUAACUACGGCCGUGGUGGUUUUGGUUAUGGGCAGCAGGGAAACUUCCAGGGCCAGAACUACAUGAAUCAGCAAGAUGGCACGAACAUGAUGGACAAGGACUCAAAUGGCCCUCAGCCGCUCCCCAACGUAUCAUCGGGUGAAGGCGAGGGGGACAAGAGCAUUGAUGAGUUCGGCCGCACCAUCCGUCCCGAAGCGAGCCAGGACGGCGUCCAAGAUGCCGACAAGACGGAGUCAGUGCACGAGAAUGGAGACGGCAACACUAAGUCAGAAGCUUCAGGCACAGGAACAGAUCAUGCGGCCGGCGCUGGCCAGCGAAACGACCCAGACAAAGCAGCCUCAGCUGGUGGCGGUGUCAGCGGUGGUGAAGCAGCCUUUGCGCCAAACGGCAAUUUUGUACCUGCAGACCAAAGUAUGAGACCAGGUUCGGGGCCGCCUUUUGGCGGACAUCACUCUCGCGGUGGAAACUUUGGGGUCAUGCCUCCUCCGGCAGCCCCUGUGCCUGACGUACCUCUGAAUGCACCCAAGGGGCCAAAGGCCAUGCGUCAGGGUCUGCCAAACACCAGCUUGCUGAAUCUGCGAGCCAGAGGAUACCAGAUCCCCGGUGGCGAGAAUUUCAAGAGGGUUCAGAGUCCUAGUACGCCGGUAAAUGGCACUGCUACCCCAGUCGACGAUGACCGUGAGCAUCAUAGGUCGCGAAGUAGUUCUCCGCGGAAGGUCGAUCCGGAGCCUCGCCGUGAGCGAAGCACAAGCAGGGGCAAAGGCAGCAGGGACCAGGAACGAGACAGAAGUCGUCACCGAGACCGACACGACAGAGACCGCGACCGUUCCGAGUCAGCAGCCCCUUCACGCAGCCGUAGUGGCGAGCGCAGGGAUCGUAAGCGCAAGAGCCGCCGAGACCACUCUGCCUCGGAGGCUGAGCGAGACUACGACAAGGAGCGGCGUCACCGCCACCGCAACACCAAGAAAUAUCUCGAUGAAGACGAGGAACCUAGGUCACGGUCGUCCAGGGACGACAAGUACGGCGAACGAUCCAGAUCCGCCUCGCCUGCUGGGUCGCGCAAGGCGAGCCAUCGCAGCAGUCGCAAGGAGCGAGACUCAGAGAAACGGCGGGAUCGCGACAGGGAUCGCGAGAAGGACCGAGACCGUGAGCGGGACUACACUGAUGAUGACCACAAGCGCAAGUCGAGCCACCGCUCGUCACACCGAGACAGGGACAGAGAGCGCGAUCACGACCGCUCGGACCGGUCUGACCGCGACAGAGACCGAGACCGGGAGAAGGACAAGGACAGGGAGCGAAGACGAGAGCGCGAUCGUGAGCGCGACAAGGAGCGCGAGAAACGGCACAGCAAGCGGUCCACCGCUGAACCACCAACCCCGACGGAGCCGGCAGAGGACGUGAAGCCGUUCAACCCGCCCACCGGGCCCAGGGGCAGCAUAUCCAAGAACUACUCCAUCUUCAACGCGCCCUCCAAGGGCUUCGAGAUCAAGGGCGCCGCGUCCGCCAAGAACUCGACCAGCACCUCAUCCUCCUCCGCCACCAAGCAGCCCCCCUCGGGCCCGGCCGCAGACAGGGACCGGGACAGGGGGAGGGACAGGGGGAGGGACCACCACAGCCGGCGGUCCUCGUCGGUGGCGUCGGCAUCCAAGCCGUCCGGGCUCGACCCCCACGCGGCGGAGCGCGAACGGCGCAACCGCGAGCGCCUGCUGAAGGAGACGCAGCGGCUCGCUCAGUUUACGGGGCUGAAGCGGCGCAACGCAGACGACGCGGGCGGCGGCGGCAGCAGCGGCGGUUCCGACGCCAAGAGGAGCCGGACCCGGCGGGGCGGCCCGGUCGUGGACGAGGACGACGAGGCGAGACUCAAGAAGAGCGAGGCGGAGAGGGAGGAGAGCCGGUGGGGUUAGAGACCAGCCCUCACUCGGACAUGGUCAAAGAAGGUGCUUGGGCCUUGGGCCUUGUGGCAGCGUGACGGACGGGGGAGGUGGAUCAACCCAUCAGACAGUGAGAGCCAAGCAACAGCCAACCUCUUCCCAACAAGCUCUUUCUCUGAGGGCUACAAAUAGAAUUGGGGCCAUACCCUCCAAGGUCCUUGGUCAGCACCCCCGUCCAGCCAAACGAGCAGAAUCGUCCGGAGAGGUGGCUCGGAGCCUUCAUGUUCACCAUGUGUUGCAUAGGUUUCAGCAUCGAUUCUCAAGCCAGAAGAAAAGAUGACCUCAGUGGAGGGUGGCACUCAUUACCUAAAAUAAUCAAGUCCAGCUGGGCCAUGAGUUGUAUGAUUAGAGCACUUGGGGAUGUGGAACGCCGCCAGAAUGGAGGAGCCGCCAAGUACCUAGCUAAUGAUAGGGCACAAGUUGUGAUGAUUAGCUCAAUCGAAUUAUGAAACUA